AUGAAUGAUCUCGACUCCAAUGAAUAUAAGGCUACUUACCUUCAGUCUGCUGCUCUGGACCUUCUUCCGCUUCUAACUGCGUCGGAAAGUGAUAAGCUUUGGUGUUUCCUAUCGGAUAGGUCUUCGUGUCACAGCUAUCCAAUGAAACUAACAGAUCUUCACAAAGACUUUCCAAUGAGUAUAACCACAGCUUUUCAACACCAAAACUAUAUUUUUAUUAUCAAAGGAUCGCUUUAUUAUAAGAUUCCUGUCUCUAAAUUUCCGUUGAAGAUGAGUGCAGUAGACUUGGAAGCAAAAUAUAUAUUCCAAGACCUGUUAGGCUGUGAUGAAGGCAUGUAUACGAACUGGGGUUUCAAUAACUACGAAGAAUUCAUCGAUAAAUUUGCAAAACGGAUGCAAAACGAGAAAUCUUUCUCUGAAGAAGUGACACAUUUUAAUCCAACCUUUUUAAUCGUCACUUUCCUAAUCCUAUUUACCGGAUGUACUCUUCUAAGCGAUAAGAAAAUGAGUGAAUCAAAAGAGUUCUUCGAGAACGCCAUCGAGAGCCGACUCGUCGACGUGGUGUCCGUAAUGGUAUUUCUUGAGGUGGUCUUUGAAUGUGCGCUCGCAGUCCGACCCGUAGUCACACUUAACGCAUUGAAAUACAUUGAGUCCCUCGUGUUUCUUACUCUUGAGAAUGUGUCGCCGGAUAUCAACUAA